GUAGAGCCGCUGUGACGCAAUCACACUUCAAAUGCGAACUUCGAGGAGCGCCGCCGCUAAAGCAAGCCGUGUCUGCUUCAGAGCCUGAGUAUUUAGUUUAGUCUUGCACUGUGAGAGUGAGAGUGAGAGCAUGUCUGCUGCUGUGACUCUAGCGCUGCUGUUCUUCUUGUCUGUGGCACUGAACGAACAGGUGACCGAGGGAUGCAGAUGUUUACCGAGACACCCUCAACAGCAUUUCUGCGCGUCUGAUAUAGUGAUUCGAGGUAAAGUCGUUGGAAAGGUGAACAGCACUAUCCCUGAAUUAACUGCAUACAAUAUCCAGACUGUUGAGACAUUUAAGCAACCAGACAUGAAGAGAAUUCAGGUCAUCUACACCUCUCAAACUUCAUGUGGCAUCAAUCUGCAAAACGACGAGUAUCUGCUGUCAGGACAUGUCAAGGACGGCAGGGUACUUGUUGAUUUAUGUAACCUUGUGAAGCCUUGGAAAGAACUCUCCCGAGCUCAAAAGUUGUACCUCAGCAAGUAUCAGAGCGGCUGUGUCUGUGAGAUCUCGCCCUGUACUGGAGCAUCCUGUUUGACCGAGAUCCUUCAGAAGAAAUGUCUGAUAAGAGUCAAUAAUUCAUUCAGUCUUGAUGAUGAAGAGGCUCUUCAGUCUAUUUGCCUGCCAGACAAUAACGGCUUCUGCAGUUGGCGAAAAUUUAAGUAACUGCAAAUGUUCCUAAAAAUUAUGAUCAAGUGCAUCAGCCAUUCGUGAGUGUGUAUUUUUGCUCUUUUGUUCUCCAGAAUCCGUAGAAUGCUUAGAACAUUUUGAAAUUAAUUUGAACAAUUUAAUAAAACUUUGCAAUGCAGUCAGCAAAUACAUACAAAACACUGUUUUCAUGGAGAUAUGCAAUCAACCAUUAAACUGUUUUGCAUGUAAAA